AUGAAAGAGUUUGAAAGUGAAUCGUUAGUUGAUCAUAUUAAAAGUACUUUUUUAUCAUUUGUUUUAGCUAUUACAAUUACACUGACGUCAUCCAAACAAGAAUAUUUAAUAAAGUGUCAAGAAAGAAUAAGCAAUUGUAUGAAACGCUGUAUGGCUGAAAUAGAACUAGAUGGGUUCAAUGAUUGGCAUCAGUAUUUGAUCAAUGCCUAUUAUAAAUAUUGUAGUGAUAGAUGCAUUUUACCGCAAGUUGGCAAUGAUCAACGAAUCAUACUUAAAGGUCCAAUCUCUAGUAUACAAGAAGCGAAACAAAAAUAUAAACUGACAGUUGCACUAAUUCAAGAAAAAAUACGCUUACAACAAUCAUUACUUGAAAGAUCAUGGUCGAUGUCUACUCUUCCAUGUCCAACCUCGGCUCUUAUGUCAACAGCUGAAUCUUCCACAUGUUACAAUGUCAUGCUAAGUUAUUGCCAAGAAGAUUCAGUUGCAUGUCAUCAUUUAGCAAAUCGUCUCAUAGACGAAGGAUUUUCCUUGUGGCUUUGCUCCAAUGGAUUACAAUAUACAAGCCCCGGUGACAUUUCUGUAAGCCAACAAGCAUCCGAUAGGACAACUACUACGGCACAAAACCAAGUAACUUUACAUGGUGGAAAAGUUACAAAAUUGCAUACUCCAUUAACUAUUGAACAACGAAAAUUAAUUUAUCAAAUGAACGUAGAACAUUUGAUCGGUUUGCACAAAGCGGAACUCGUUGAAGAUGAAAAGAAAAUUGCUAUUGAAAAAGUAGAAGAUAUUAUACGUGAAGCGGAGAAUCAGUACAAACAAGAUGCAGAAAACAAUCAACAUGAACAAUAUUCUUCAAGUACAUAUAAUUCAGAAUAUGAACAAAGACAAAAUGAAAUCGAACAGCAGAUAUACUUAGACACUGGAAUAUUAUCAUAUAGGCGCUGGUUAAAACAAGCUUCAAAUCUAAAAACCAAGCAAAACAUUGCACCAUUUACUGUUUCUGGCGAUAUUAAUGAUGCAUCAUUUCCAAUGUUGAAUGAAGUUUUACAAAAAACAAAUCUAUCUCUUCGUUCCUAUACAAAACAUUCUUCACUGUGGUCAACGAAUUGUCCCACAAGAAACUUAUGGUAUGGUGGAUAUUCUGGACCUUCACUCCAAUUGUCUUGGGGAAUGUCGACUGAAGAAGAAAUAAGACAACGGCAGAAGAUGAUCGAUUCAAACAACAUGAUGAAACGACGAAAAGAAAUUGGAAAAUAUUUUAUGAACAACUAUAAAUAUGUAACAGAAGAAAGUUUGAAAUCAUAUUUAGAAUUUGCGCAGCGUAUGAAACACAAUGCAAAUGAAUUAGCAAGAUUAUCUGAGAUGAGGACAAGUUCGAUGCGAGAACAAUCAAAACAACAGAUUCAAGCAUCUUUAACAGCUAUAUUUUCUUUAUAUACGGAAUCCCAAGCGCAAGAAGCAUCAAUAGCAACUUCGAAAAUUCAAAUUCCAUCGAAAUUCUCGCGAAAAUCGAAUUGUAAUUCGAACGCACAAUCCAAAAUGUAUAACAGAGCAUGUGUUCUCCAAAUUAUUCUUUGA